AUGAUCGGCGCGAUCGGCCUGGAGGAGGGGUGGCGCGCACUCGGCCUCUGCGUCUUCAACCUGAUCGGCACUCUCCUCCUCGUCGUCGCAAACGCGUGGCAGAUCUCCUUCGGCCUCCUCCCGCUCGGCGUCGCGUACCUCGUCGUCGCGAGGUACUACCGCGCCUCGUCGCGCGAGCUGCAGCGGCUCGACUCCGUCUCAAAGUCGCCCAUCUACGCCGCCUUCUCCGAGGCGCUGCAGGGCGCGACCUCCAUCGUCGCCUUUGGCGCGACCCGCCGCUUCGGGCUCGAGGCGCGGCAGCGGCUCGACGCAAACAUCAAGGUUGGCUUCGCGACGGCGGCGGCGAACCGGUGGCUCUCGGUGCGGCUUGAGGCCAUCGGCAACGCCAUCAUCGCUGGCGUGGCCGCCCUCGCCGUCGGGCUGCACGCGGCGGCGCACGCGUCGGGUGGCGGCGGCGCAGCCAUGGCGGCGGGGCUGGCGGGGCUCUCCCUCUCGCUCUCCCUCUCGUACGCCGUCUCGCUGACGGACUUCCUCAACUGGGCGCUGCGCAUGUCGACCACGCUGGAGAUGCAGAUGGUCAACAUUGUGAAUGAGCUUGCCAGCGGCGAGGGCGGUCGAGUGCACGGAGCUAAGUGCCUCGCCGUCCUCGCGGGAGUCGCUUAG